AUGGCUUGGUACACGGUCACGGAAUUAAGGAGUUUUGUGUGUGUAAAAGAAUCUUUGUUGAAUACUACUAGUAUAUUAAAGGGCACAUCUACUAUAGUAAAGGGCUUGUCUACUAUAGUUAAGGACACAUCUACUAUAUUAAAGGGCACGUCUACUAUAUUAAAGGGCACGUCUACUAUAUUAAAGGGCACGUCUACUAUAUUAAAGGGCACGUCUACUAUAUUAAAGGACACGUCUACUACAUUAAAAGGCACAUCUACUAUAUUAAAGGGCACGUCUACUAUAUUAAAGGGCACAUCUACUAUAUUAAAGGGCACGUCUACUAUAUUAAAGGGCAUUUCUACUAUAGUAAAGGGCUUGUCUACUAUAGUUAAGGACACAUCUACUGUAUUAAAGGGCACGUCCACUAUAUUAAAGGGCACUUCUCCUAUAGUAAAGGGCUUGUCUACUAUAGUUAAGGACACAUCUACUGUAUUAAAGGGCACGUCUACUAUAUUAAAGGGCACAUCUACUAUAUUAAAGGGCACGUCUACUAUAUUAAAGGGCACAUCUACUGUAUUAAAGGGCACGUCUACUAUAUUAAAGGGGACAUCUACUAUAUUAAAGGGCACAUCUACUAUAGUAAAGGGCACUUCUACUAUAUUAAAAGGCACUUCUACAAUAGUAAAGGGCUUGUCUACUAUAGUUAAGGACACAUCUACUAUAUUAAAGGGCACGUCUACUAUAUUAAAGGGCACAUCUACUAUAGUAAAGGGCACGUCUACUAUAUUAAAGGGCAUGUCUACUAUAUUAAAGGGCUUGUCUACUAUAUUAAAUAGCACGUCUACUAUAUUAAAGGGCUUGUCUACUAUAGUUAAGGACACAUCUACUGUAUUAAAGGGCACAUCUACUAUAUUAAAGGGCACAUCUACUAUAGUAAAGGGCAUGUCUACUAUAUUAAAGGGCUUGUCUACUAUAUUAAAUAGCACGUCUACUAUAUUAAAGGGCAACACAUUGUAA